UCAAGGUGACGAGAAAGUAAUAUGAUUCACACUUAAGAUGUCAAACGUGAUCCUGCACUUGUGUCUGUACUCAGUCACUAGUUCAAUCAUGAGGUGAGAGCGCUUCUGUAUCCCCGACUGUGAUUAUCAGUGGUAACGACACACCACGCGCACGUGUCAAUACCAUAUCGCGAGGUUAGAAGCCAUUGUGAUGUUCAGUAUUUAAUAUCUCGAUCAGAUGAAUUGAGAUGACAUCCACAGAGAUCGCACGUUCAUCAUCAAAAAUUUGGACACAAUGGCUUGCGGCAUUGACAAUUCACAUAUUUGCGCUCCUGUGUGGACUGGUGGGUGGAUGGACAUCGCCUUAUCUAGCAAAAUUGACGAAGGGCGCUGAAUCCCUGACUGUAACCAACGACGAGGCAUCCUGGAUAGCAUCCUUGCUGCACCUGUCUCGACCCGUGGGUUCCAUCUUCGCAGCAGCAGUGGUCCACAAAUUUGGAUCAAAAAAAGCAGUUCUCCUCGGUGGAAUUCCGUUCAGCAUCGCCUGGGCAUUUUUCCUCGUGGAGACAUCAGUUCCCUGGAUCUACGCAUCAAGGAUAGCCGGUGGUCUAGCUAUGGGAAUAUAUCUGAGCGCAUUUCCCCUGUACAUCGGUGAAAUAGGACAUCCGAAAAUCAGAGGUGCCCUUAUCGCUCUAGUAGCCCAGGGUUCCGCCAUUGGUUAUCUCAUGGGCAAUCUCAUGGGUGCCUAUUCAGAUAUGAGAACAUUUGCCAUCAUAAAUCUCAUCCUCAGUAUCAUUUAUCUGUUUUCAUUCUCAUUUUUUCCGGACAGCCCUCAUUACUUCGUUAAGAAUAACAGAAUGAAGGAGGCAGAGAGAUCACUCAGGUGGUACAAUCGACAGAAUAAUGUCAGGGAUGAGCUUGAAUCGUUAAAAAUUUACAUGGAGACGACGCAAGUGUUGUCGUUCAAGCAGUCAUUGCAGCAAUUGAUAACUCCCCUCAACAGGAGAAUAUUGAUGAUGGUUGUCAGUGUUUAUCUGUUCAUGCAGCUCAGUGGCAUCAACACAGUUGCGAUGUACCAGGAAAUACUCUUAACAACUCUCAAGAUUGACGUCAUAGCACCGUCACUCGUCGUUGUGUGCGUCGGUGUAGUUGCAAUUAUUGGAAAUUUCAUGGCAAUUUACACGAAUGAUCACUUCGGUAGACGAUCCAUGCUCGCUGUUUCCACACUAGGAGUAGCCAUCAACUUUGCACUUAUAGGAAUACAUUACCUGUUCUUCAAUCUUGAUUAUGACGUAUCGAAUGUUCAAUGGCUGGUAAUAGUUGAGUUUAUGAUGUACAUAUUCUUCCUCAAUAUCGGUCUCACCCAUAUUCCCAGUUGUCUCUUGAGUGAAAUAUUUUCACCGGAGCUCAAAGAAAUUGGAUCAUGUAUAGCUAAUAUUGUUUGCGCUUCAUCAGCAUUUGCCGCGAGCAAAAGCUAUCAGCCUCUCUUAGAUGCCACAUCCGAAGAAUUUGUCUUCUUCUUUUAUGCCAUUCUUGUGUUUUUUAUGUUUAUUUAUACGAUUAUGGUGAUACCGGAGACAAAAGGUAAGUCACUUCAGGAGAUUCAGGAGAUGCUGAUGAAAAAAGGCACGCAAAGGUUCAAAGCGGAAAUUCCACCGCUUGAGAACAACGCUAAUGAUGCGUCUAGACCGUUAAACUCAUGAAUUGUUAUCGUAAUUGUAUGUGAUAAAUAAAAUGCCGGUUAGAAAAAAUAA